AUGAACCUGAACGCUCUGUUCCAGCAAAUCCAGUUCACAGAGAAGCAGGCGAGGGAGAAGAGGAACUUCAUCCAGCAAGCUAAAUGCGACAUAAAUAGAAGUUACGAAAGAAUUAACCAAAUAAAAGAAGAGCUGAGCACUGCAAAAAUUAACUUAGAAACCAAGGUUCAGCAACUGUCUGCAAAGCAGUUCAAUGCAGAAAUUUUGAAGAAACAUGAAGACAGCUUAGAAAAGCAAAAAGCUGAACUUAUUAAUCAAAGAUCCAGUCUUCUUAAAAUCAUGGCAGAUGCAAAGAGAAAAAUUACUGAGGAGGAAGAUAAUUUUACCAGAGAAGUAACAGAGUUUAACAGUGAAUAUGGACUAACAAGUAAUAGAGAUCUUCUUCUUAAAAAGAAAGUCAAGACUGAAAUAAAUGAUUUAGAGAAUGAGGCAGCUCUGUUGAAAAAUGAAAUGGAGUCAAUGGAACAUAAAAAUGUUCAGUUAAAUGCACUCCAGCUGCAGAAGAAUGAAUUAAAGCAGGAUUUAUUUACUCUCCAAAGUGAGCUCAAAGACCUUGAGAAACUCAUCAGGGAGGCUGAAAGAAUGACGAAAGUCUUAGAAGCAGAAAAAGUUCAAGUCACUGAAAAACCUCAGACUGAUCCUGAAUGUUUAAGACUUAAGAAAGAGUUGGAAAAAUGCAAAGAUGAUAGUUGGGAAAGUGUCUGUGAGACUCUUCAAACAGAAAUUGAAAUUCUGCAAAUGAAUUUGUCACAAAAGAAGUCUUCAGGGAAGUGA